CUGUGGGGUCCUCCAGGAGGUGAGCGGGGUCAGAGCGAUGCUCAGGGCCAAGCGGGGACGUCGCCCCGGGACGUGUGCUGGGUGUGGGUGUGCGAGGAGGCCGCGUCCCUUGGCACCACCGCUCCCCUCCCCACACCGGGCUCCCGCGCGCCUUGUUGGGCGCCUUCGAACUCCCAAAGCUCCCUGCAAAGUUUUGGGGGAAGUGGGAAGCCGGAAUCCCUCAGCCCUGUUGGUAGCAUCGAGGAGGAGAACAGCAAUUAGGUCAAAACGCCGUGUCUCCUGGGGCAGGUCGCUACCUCCAGUCGCGGCUCGCUGCGCCUCGUUGCUUCAUUACAGCCGGAGCGACUGCUGGGGGUGGAGGCAGGCCCCUGCCCCCACGGGAAGGGUGCCAUGGGCAGGAAGAACAGGUCCCAAAUGCCCCGCAGUCGUAGCACGCCGAGCAUGGAGCGAACACAACCAGCCUCCUGCUCCACAGCCGCUCCCGAAGGUACCCGCGCGCUCGGCUCAGCGGCUGCCAUCAGGCAGACUUUGCAUGAGGUUUUGCAUCCUCCCCGAACGCCUGCGUCCCUCAGGCCAACGCCCGGUGUUGACGGGCAGAGCAGGGCUCCUGCCGCACGUACAGAGCGUGCGUCUCGUUGGCUUCUCUGCCCUGGUGAGACGAGCAAACGCACGCCAACGCGGUGCGACAGCACCGUGGUGUGCGGCGGGGCAGGGGAUGCCGGGGGCACGUUGCAUCCCCCCGGCCUCCGAUCGCUUUUUUGGGUUGAUUUUCUCUCUGCGAAGAACCAAGGUGAAUUACUCGUCGGGAGACAAAAAGCAGCAUAGCAAGGGGAUGAGCCGGGAGGUGUGUGUAAACAGUCAUUUGCGUUUUACGUGGUUGGGAAAAUUGAGACCUGAAAUAAAGAGUUCCCCUUUGGCCUGAGUUGUUUGCGCUUAGGAGCAAGAAAUCUAGAAACCUGUUCUGAAAACUGCACAGCCUUUACGUUUGGUAUUUUUAAAAGCAGACCACGCUAUUGCUAAUGUGAGGGGACCGGUGCUGGGCGUUUGUUACUGGGAGCUGAGGCAUUGCUCCUCAGGUAUUUCCUCUCCCAUGUUUCUGGAGCGAUGAUUGCUUACGCUUCUAAUUUUAGAUACUUCUGAUUUUCCUUCUCUUUGAAUUAAGGCUGGAGCAAAGCUGAGCGUCCUGUCGGGUUAAACAGAGGAUGAGGGAAAGGCGUAGAGAGCAGAGCCGAGUAAACGACCGCGCGUUAACAAAGAUGUGCACGCAGACAGAACUAAGUGCACCCUGGGCACACUUAGCUGGCGGCUCCUAAACGUUUCUGUCGCUUGGCAGUUUUCCUGCGCUGAGUUUUCCUGACUGUGAAGCAGAAGAGGAAACAGCGUCCGCACCAGAUCGUCAAGUAAACAGCAGCACAGAGCGACUCGAGUCAGUGGUUUCCGAAUCCCUGCGCACGAGGCAGCAGUGUUAUUAGCUGAGCAGGUUUUUCCUGCGGGUUCAUCGCCGACAGCGCCUGUACCUUUGACCCAACGGGGUGUACAUGGAUGGAGACGCUACGUGACAUCCCUCCACACCUCCUGCCUUUGAGCAGUCGUCCCGCUCGACCACGAGCUGCGUGAUUCUGGGUGUUUGCUGCCACGGGGGGGCUGUUCCACGGCCACGGCGUGGGUCCCACGCGGAUAAUCCUGCAAAGGCAGAGAGCUCGCUGUUAGGUGCCCCACGGGCGAUGCCGAGCCUGGGUGGCGAUUACCGCCCUUCCCCACCUCCCCGCCACAGCCGCCCGACCUCAGCGGGCCCGGAGGUUUAUAGGUUUAUCAUUAACGUUGCUCAAUGCUGGCAAAGCUUAAAAAAAAAAAAAAAAAAAAAAAAAAAAGGGGGGGGUGUUUGCCACAGAAGCUGCCCUUCGCCACACGAGCGGAGCCGUGCGGGGUGGCAGCUGGGGGAGCAAAGUCCCCGGGAGCAGCCUGCCCCGUCCCGUCCUGUCCCGUCCCGCUGGGUCCCGGGGGGCUCCUCACGGACCCGCCGGGCUCUGGGGGGGUCCCGUGCGAGGCCUGGGCUGAACCUGGAGCCCCCCCCCCGGGUUUCUGCUCGCAGUUACCUGAAGGAGUUCCGCACGGAGCAGUGCCCUCUCUUCGUGCAGCACAAGUGCACUCAGCACCGGCCCUACACUUGCUUCCACUGGCACUUUGUCAACCAGCGUCGUCGCAGAUCUAUCCGCCGCCGGGAUGGUACAUUUAACUACAGCCCUGACAUUUACUGUACCAAGUAUGACGAGACCACAGGAAUCUGCCCAGAAGGAGAUGAAUGCCCCUUCUUGCACAGAACUACUGGAGACACAGAGAGGAGGUAUCACUUGCGCUACUACAAAACUGGAAUCUGCAUCCAUGAGACAGACUCCAAGGGAAACUGCACAAAGAACGGAGUCCACUGUGCUUUUGCUCACGGGCCCCAUGAUCUGCGCUCUCCGGUGUAUGACAUCAGGGAGCUUCAGGCCAUGGAAGCUUUGCAGAAUGGUCAGACUACAUCAGAAGGUGGCAUAGAGGGUCAGUCUGCAGUUGCUGCUAGCCAUGCUAUGAUAGAAAAAAUACUCAGCGAGGAGCCAAGGUGGCAAGAUACAACGUAUGUGUUGGGAAAUUACAAGACAGAGCAAUGUAAGAAACCCCCCCGCCUCUGUCGCCAGGGUUAUGCCUGUCCCUACUACCACAAUAGCAAAGACAGAAGAAGAAGCCCAAGAAAACACAAAUACAGAUCUUCGCCGUGUCCCAGUGUGAAACAUGGAGAUGAGUGGGGAGAUCCUACCAAGUGUGAAAAUGGAGACUCGUGCCAAUACUGCCACACUCGCACAGAGCAGCAGUUCCAUCCAGAGAUCUACAAAUCCACCAAGUGCAAUGAUAUGCAGCAGUCUGGCAGCUGUCCCCGAGGACCCUUCUGUGCCUUUGCACAUGUAGAACAGCCUCCUCUCAAUGAAGAUUUACAGCAAUCCUCGGCUGUGUCUAGCCCUACCCAGACAGGCCCUGUGAUGUAUAUGCCAUCAGCAGCUGGUGAUUCUGUUCCAGUCAGCCCUUCCAGCCCACAUGCUCCGGACCUUAGCAAUGUGUGGAGUAAAGCAGGAACUCUGCCAACUAGCCCCACCUCCACCACAAUUCUUUGUAGGAACAGCAGUCUCGGAAGCCCAUCUAAUAUAUGUGGGUCUCCUCCUGGCGCAAUUGGAAAGCCACACAGCUUGGAGAGCAUUGGUUUUCCUCCAGAUUCAGUAACGGCAGCCGGCAGCUACAAGAAAGCACCGGGGUUUGAGCGAGAAGAUCAGGUGGGGGCCGAGUAUUUGAAGAGUUUCAAAUGCCAGCAAGCAAAAAUGAAGUCCCAUUCACUGGAACACAGGAGCCAGGAGCAACCUUUGUUACAACCCAAACAGGACAUACUGGGUAUUCUCCCAGUGGGGAGCCCGCUGACAUCCAGCAUCUCCUCCAGUAUCACCUCCAGUCUGGCUGCAACACCACCGAGCCCUGCUGGCACCAGCAGCAUACCAGGCAUGAAUGCCAAUGCCCUUCCUUUCUACCCAACCAGUGACACCGUUGAGUCCGUCAUAGAGUCUGCCUUGGAUGACCUGGACCUGAAUGAAUUCGGAGUGGCUGCCCUGGAGAAGACAUUUGACAGCAGCACAGUGCCCCACACGAGUGGCAUCAUGAUAGGUGGGAGUUUGCUGCAGAGUUCUGCUCCUGUAAAUAUCCCCGGCUCCCUUGGAAGCUCUGCCUCCUUUCACUCUGCCUCUCCUUCUCCACCGGUCAGCCUCUCAUCGCAUUUCCUCCAUCAGCCCCAGGGACACUUAAGCCAAUCAGAAAACACAUUCCUGGGGACAUCAGCUUCUCACGGAUCAUUAGGUUUAAAUGGGAUGAACAGCAGCAUAUGGGAACACUUUGCUUCGGGGAGUUUUUCGCCCAGUACCUCACCUGCAUUUCUGUCAGGUCCAGGUGCUGCGGAGCUGGCACGACUACGACAAGAACUGGAUGAAGCCAACGGCACAAUAAAGCAGUGGGAAGAGUCUUGGAAACAAGCCAAGCAGGCUUGUGAUGCUUGGAAAAAGGAGGCAGAGGAAGCAAAUGAUCGCGCCAACACAGCUAACAUGGAAUGUGAACUGGCUCGGGAGCAGAGGGAAGCCUUGGAGCUGCAAGUGAAGAAACUGCAGGAGGAGCUGGAGAGGAUCCACACGGGCCAGGACCCUCAGUUUCUGCGCUCCUUCUCUGACCUGGAAGCUCUCUCGCUCUCUUCACUUUACACCCUCCAGAAACAGUUGCGGGCAAACCUGGAGAAAGUCGAUAAGGCAGUAUUUCAGAUGCAGUCAGUGAAAUGCCUUAAGUGUCAGGAAGAGAACCGGGUGGUGUUACCGUGCCAACACGCAGUGCUGUGUGAAACGUGCGCCGAGGAGGGCGAGUGUCCCAUCUGCCAUCCCAACAGGCCCCAUUCUCUCCAGUCGUGACCUUCCAAGGACGCUUGUUCUAAUCAUAUCGUAUAGAACUUUUUAACUUUAUACAUACGUACAUAUAUAUGUAUGUGUACAUAUAUAUAUGUAUGUGUAGAUAUAUAUAUGUAUAUAUGUGUGUGUAUGUGCAUGUUUGUGUAUGUAUAUAUAUGCACACACACGCACAUACCCACAUAAAACAAAAAUUAGUUGCAGAGCACUUUUUAAUAUUUUACAACCCGUAUCUAAACUGCCCCUCACCCGUGCCCCACUAAUUCUAACUCUUGAGGAACUUUGAGAGCUGUUUUUAAUACAGAUCAAAGGGCCAUUUGCAAAGAGUCUGUGUUUCUCCUCUUUUCUAUUUAGGUGAUAACAAAUUUUUGACUAUUUCCAGAAGGAUUUAGAGUGGGCAAGAGGGGCUUCCACGUGCUUUCCAGAGGAAGAGUUGAGAUCAUGGGGAGGAUCGAGGUGGAUUGAAAUGACUUUUUUCAUGUCUUCGGUCUUCCUGCUCUUUCACUGACCCAGCUUGGUUAAAGCCGUCCUCCCUGAUGGAAGCUCCGCUGGGUCCCUGCCUGGUGGGCCUCACAUUGCCGAUCUCUGAAUGUGCAGAAACUUUGUCUGUCAUUUAAAACAGCAAAGUUCGCUUUUUAAAAAUUUUUUACACUCUUUGUAUAUUUAUAUGAAAAGAAAAAAAAAAAAGGGGAAAAAAUAUAUUGUACCUAGAGCAAGCCAGGCCCCCAAAUUCAGUGACCAGUAAUCAUUGCUGAUACAGCUAAUGCUGCAGGUUUCAGCAGCCUUAGAAGUAUUGCCCUUGUGCCAGCUAAAGCCCUUCAUGAAAGGAGUAUGGAUGCACAAGUUAGUUCUCUCCAGGCACCCCUUUGUGUGGGGGCUGUCUAGAGGAUUUUUAGCGUUUCAAACCAGAUUGAUUUUCCUUUUAGCCACAGAGACCUCUUUCAUAGUCACUGCUGAAACGCAUGAAACAAUUCCAGAUAGUUUAAGGACACUUCUUUUUGAACAGAGUGGGUGUUGCCUGUUUCAGCACCUCGAGGAUGAAUUGUGGGCUUCUAAGUUCAGAAGCCAUCAAGCCAGGAAUCACGUCUGCCAGUGGUGACAGAGAAAGCCCAGCAUGGAACAAACCGCUGAUAGAUCUAUUACUGCUUGAAAGUGGAGCUGGAGGAGAGUGUAAAUUCCUCGCCUUCUGCUCCUAGGUGGAGAUGCUUCUUCCUGCCCUCAGCAGCUCAUCACCGUGGCACAAAACAGGACACGUUUCACCACUGAAGCUUAUAAAUGCAGCCACCAUUCUUAUGUACGUAAGGAAGCGUCACUGUUUAGAAACUCUGAAGCUAGUUAGUCUAACAGUGCCCUGUGGCGGUGGUUCCUGUGUUAGUUAUCAUCUUACAGAGCAAGGAGAUAGGAAGGAAAAAGACUUCAAUUUCAGAUAUUUCCUUAGAAUAACUCAUCAACCAGUCUGUCUGUGUACUGGUGACUUAGUAGUAAUGUGGUAGCCUGCUGCAUGCGGCUGGGUGCCCACCUCCAGUGCUGGGUGCUGGCAGGGAUGCUAAACUCAUGGUGUGGGAGCAGAAAGAAGCAUCUCCCAUCAGAGGAAUGCACUCCCUUUUCCUCAACGCAAGCAAGGUGUUGUUGCGGGGUUUUCCAGUCCUCUCCUUCCUCCUAUUUCAGACUCCUUUCCUGAGCACAUGACUUUCCACCACCCUUGCACAGCUCUCACUGGCAUCUCAGCCCUGCUGAGUUUGUUUUCGGCCCUUUGGCCCCAUACACCAUCUGCAGAGGAGCUCAGGGACUUUCUCCUUCCUAGGAUUCUCUUUGUAUCUGUCCACAGUGAAUUUAUUCUCUUGGAUCAUUUUAGAAAAGCAAAGAAAUCCCACAGACCAGUCCGAUACACAGCACACUGUCCAGUGCAGCUCCUUUCUAGGGAAAAGAAACGCCACCAGCUUAGACCUGUCCAGCAGCUGAGCUUCCUGUGACUUUCUUUACCAGCAUGUACAUUAAAUUUUUACAUCGGGUGGAUUGCAGUAACCUGCUGGGAUCUCAACUAGAAGGCCACUCAGUUGAUUAAAUAUUUUUAUUUCGCACAGGGAUGUGUCCUGUGCUACCCCUCCCUGACCUGGAAAAGCACUGGAACCUCCAGCAGCCCACUGUUGUUGUAGGAACAACUGAAUUGUUACUGGAGCCUCUCAGAAAGCUUCAUAUUUUAAUGCAAAGACAUAAUUAGGUUUGCUUCCAUAAUUCCACCUUUCCUUCAUAUGGAAGGGGUUAAUAUGCAUUCCCAGAUGAUCUCUUAAGUGCAGCUCUGUGUAGUUCUUUUUUUUAUGUUUUCCCAUUAACUCGUUCUUUUUUUUUUUUUUUUGGUAAAAAUGCUUUUUUUUUUCCAUGUGUAUUUUAUUGUAACUAGCAUCAGUUUUUUAAUUUUUUUUUAAUGGAGAGACACUGUUGGGUGAAUAUUGUGGCUAUGUUGUUUGGUUAUAGCCUUUGAAUGUCUGUGCCAUGGGGCAGCACAUCUGCCUUGGUCUGAUCUUAAGGAAAGACCUUUUAUUAAAAUAUGUGAACAUUUCUUUUUUUAGGGGAAAAAAAGCGGGGGGAGGGAGGGAUAAAAGUUGCGGGAGAAAGAAAAAGCCCAAUGAAGAUAAAAGAAAAAAAAAAAAACAAACUGAAGUUUUUGUAACUAACUUAAAUCAUAGGAAAUAAACUCUUGAAUCAGGUCUUUAAUAUUUAUAAGAGCCAGAGCUCACCAGCCUGUUUUGGCUCUUGGUUUGUAACGCUUACUUUUUGUUAGCGUGGUGGUUUCUCUGCUCUCCUGCCUCCUGGGGACCUCUUCAGGGUGAUGCUGUCUUGGGACAGCCCUCUCCUUCCAGAACUAGCACCACCUGUGUGACUUGAGCUGAGUCCCAAGGGCUCUUCGCAUUCUCCCCUCUCUUCAGAUGAAGCUUGUCCUCUGUUUGCAGCUCUGUCGCAGUGUGACUGCCAGUCACAGCGUGAUGCACGUCUGUAGGGUCCAGGGGGACGAGACACUUGCCCCUCAUUUCUGGGGGGACCCAGAGGGCUACGAGAACCAUUCCAGACCAGAGAAAGCAUUUUUAUUUUUUUUUCCUUUUCAGUAAAACAGUUACUCUGUUUUAAAACUUAUCCUGAAGGACCAAAGAAUUCAAAAUUUCCCUAGUUGUGGCCCUUAAAUUUUAACUUUCUGUUGCCACGCUGUGCUGGUGGCAGAGCAGUGACAAGGAGUUAGCACUAGCCCCGGGACCUCGCGUCCCCUUCCCUCGCCACCGCCCCAGCCUGUCUCAGCACCCUUAGCACAAGCACGUAGGCUGCUUCUCUUUCCUCUGGUGCUUCAAGAAACACCUCUUCAAUUUAGGUUUCUAUCAAUUUGUUUGCUGCUUUCCAAAUCAAGAAGUAUCUGAAAUGUGAAUUAUUUUCUUAGGCAGCAGCUGGGAAAGAGAACUUCAUCGCUGUGUAUUUUGUGACUAUUUUGGGGGGGCCAACGUUUCAUACCUGAGCGAGGUGAGAGCGGGGGGGGGGAAGGCAGCGUUUCUCACCCACCCCAGCAGUUGUUAUCGCCGGCCCCAGGCAGGCAGGAUUAACCACAAUCGCAGCACUGCCUUCAAGGCUUCAAGAGUCUGUGGUCAGCUUCUGCGCGGUGUAAAAAAGAGACUUGUAAAAAAAAUAAACCUGGUGCUAAUAUGUACAGCCCGUGUAACGCACUGUCGAGCUUCUUUCUGAAGCAGGAACUCCCAGUUACAGGACACGCAGUAACACAUCAGAACCAAGGUGACUUUGUAUUUUUUUUGGCUGUCACGCUUCGAAGCGAAGUGGUGGUCCCCAAGUGGUCCCCGAGGCUUCUCGCUGAGCCCCCCCCCCAGCUGGCUGCCCCCGAGCAGCCCUGAGCGCGGCCGCGUCCUGCCCUGUCACAGGCUCCUCGCUGGGCAAUGAUGUUUUUCUCCCCAAGUUUUUGGGAGCCUCACAAUUGACCUCGGUGACGAACUGUGCAGGUUGGACACUUCUCGGCUGAGAGCUGGGGAAAGGGAGUCUUUAACUGGCUUGUGAAACCGCAGUAUCCUAAAGGUCAAUACACUUUUACUUUAUUAUAGAGAAACAAUAUAGAAGCAGAUGGCUUGAGACAACAAUAUCCUGGGUAGGUAGCUGUCAAAAGCAAGGAGCUAGCUGUAGAGGAUAGCCAAGAGCUGAAGAACAUUGGUGAGCAUCACUUUGGGCUACCAGGACCGCUUGCAGGUCCCACCCAGCCUUCGAUGCCGUAGCCUGGUGCCGCUGGCACCGGGGGGCCUGGGGCAGGUCUCAGAGCUGGAGCUCCUUCCCCUUAAUUCGCCUUCCCCAGAAGGCAGCCACUGCAGCUGUUCCCAUACCGAAGGGUUUUAUACUUUCCAUACAUCUCUGAAGCUGAACCUGAGCCACUUGCAAGGCUUGUGCAGCUGAGACAAUGAAGAGAAUUCCUUACCGUGUGAGGAAGCCUUUAAUGCUGAAUGGACUCAGUAAUUCAUUGCUGUUCCACCAGCCUCCGAAUCCUCUCUCUCCCCUUUCCCCCCCAUCUAAGAAGGAAAAAUAUUACCAGUGUUUUCCUCCGGAUUUAUAAUAAUCCCUGGAGUGAUGGCCAACAGCAAUGUAGAUGUUACUGAUGUAAAACCUAGUAUUUUAAAGGUGAAGUAUUCCUGCAAACUAGUGACUGCGUCGGAGAGAUUUCUGGGGCUUCCCCACUCCGUAGCUUCCAAUGUUAAAACAAAAUAAGUACAGUAUGAGUUUAAAAAAAAUAAUAAUAAUACACACUGCAGUAUUUCUCGUGGCAAUUCUUGCCCAGUCUCUUCCUCGCUUUCCCCGGGAGGAAGGGCACUGGGCAGAAGCGCCCCAAGUCCGUGUAGAAGUUGGCAGAAUGGUGAUCGGUGGUGUGUAAAACGUGUUGUUGAUUCCAUGUAUAGAACUGUGAUUUCAGCUGUCGUUCUCUCGUACUCUGUAAAUAUGUGUUUUGGCUGUCGGAAA